AUGGCACUGCAUCCUUCUGAAGUCGCAAGGCAUAAUAGCUCAAAGUCAUGUUGGCUCAUAAUUCAUAACAAAGUUUAUGAUCUUACUGAGUUUCUCCCAAACCAUCCGGGAGGUAGAAAGGUCAUCCUGAAAAAUGCAGGAAAAGACUCUACGGGAGACUUUGAUCUUAUCCAUUCAACCGAUGUGCUUGAUAAAUGGCUGGAGCCGUCCAAGCACCUCGGUGAUAUCGACACAAGUGUGAUCACAAGCGAAGGCCCGAAGCCAGAAGCCAAACAGUCCAGUCUAUAUCGCAAGCCCAAGCUGUCGCAUUGUAUCAACAUGUCAGACUUCGAGACUGUAGCUAGAAACAUGAUGAAGGAAGCAUCAUGGAAUUACUACUCGACCGGAUCAGAUGACGAGUUGACCCUUCGAGAAAACAACACAGCCUUCCAACAAAUACGCUUCAGGCCCAAAGUCAUGGUCAAUGUGGAACAAGUGGAUAUUUCAACAACCUUGCUGGGUUCACGCACAUCCGCUCCAAUUUACAUCUCAGCCACUGCGCACGCGAAGCUUGGUGACCCCGACGGCGAAGUAACACUAGCACGGGCGAGCAAUAAGCAUGAUGUCAUCCAAAUGAUACCACUAUACUCUUCAUUCCCACUGGAAGAAAUUACAAGCGCGAGAGAACCCGAUAGGACUCAGUGGUUCCAGGUGUAUGUCAAGAAAAAUAGGAAUGUGACUAGAAGAGCUAUCGAGAAUGCUGAGAAAAACGGCUGCAGAGGGCUGUGCAUCACGGUCGAUAACCCCCACCUUGGAAGCCGAGAAAGGGUCUUGCGUCUGCAGCAAAGUGAGUCAGAUGAAGACGACGAGUUCGAAGACGCUCCGGCAACUGAGCUGGAUCCUUCCUUGAUCAUGAACUCGACUUUGAGUUGGGAUGACGUCCCGUGGUUUCGAAGCAUAACCAAGAUGCCCAUCGUUUUAAAGGGAGUGCAGAGGGUAGAGGAUGUUAUCAAAGCGGCCGAAUGUGGCGUGGAGGCUGUGAUUUUGUCAAACCACGGUGGCCGUCAGAUGGAGUAUUCUGAACCUCCAAUUGAAGUCCUGGCUGAGGUCAUGCCUGCACUAAGAGAACGUGGGCUGCAGAACAAGAUCGAGGUCUACAUCGAUGGCGGAAUUCGUAGGGGAUCUGAUAUACUCAAAGCGUUGUGCUUGGGGGCUCGAGGCGUUGGAAUUGGCCGUCCGUUCUUGUAUGCUAUGGCUGGUUAUGGACAGAAGGGAGUCGAGAAAGCUUUACGGAUCUACAAGGAUGAGCUGGAGCGCAACAUGCGCUUGCUUGGUUGUACAUCUGUGGACCAACUGCAUCCGGGACUAGUCAAAGUUCUGGGUCAAGUGCGGGAAAGGCUGUAG